CACACACACACACAGGCUGCCUGUAUCUCUCGCGAGAUCUGGCCACACUAAAGAAGCGGCGCGUGGCCGCGUGCCGAGCCCUUCCGUGCGCGUGCUCCGUGCAGAUCAGACGACAGCAUCAUGGCGUCCUUGUCAAUGGCCCCUGUCAACAUCUUCAAACAUGGAGCUGAUGAGGAGAAAGCCGAGACUGCCAGACUGUCAUCCUUCAUAGGAGCCAUAGCAAUUGGCGACCUGGUGAAAAGCACCCUGGGACCAAAAGGCAUGGAUAAGAUCCUCCUGGGCGGGGGCAGGGAGGCCUCUGUCACCGUGACAAAUGAUGGAGCCACGAUCCUCAAAGCGAUCGGAGUCGACAACCCGGCAGCCAAGGUGCUGGUGGACAUGUCCAAGGUCCAGGACGACGAGGUGGGAGACGGAACCACGUCUGUGACCGUGCUGGCUGCUGAGCUGCUCAGGGAGGCGGAGCUUCUGAUCGCCAGGAAGAUCCACCCCCAGACGAUCGUGGCGGGCUGGAGGAAGGCCACGCAGACGGCGAGGGAGGCGCUGCGGGCCAACGCCAUCGACCACAGCAACGACCAGGAGCGUUUCCAGCAGGACCUGCUGAACAUCGCCCGCACCACGCUGUCCUCCAAACUGCUGACUCAUCACAAGGAUCACUUCUCCCGCCUCGCCGUCGACGCCGUGAUGCGUCUGCGCGGCUCCGGCAACCUGGAGGCCAUCCACGUCAUCAAGAAGCUGGGAGGCAGCCUGACCGACUCCUACCUGGACGAAGGCUUCCUAUUGGACAAGAAGAUCGGAGUGAAUCAGCCCAAGAGGCUGGAGAACGCCAACAUCCUGAUCGCCAACACCGCCAUGGACACGGACAAGAUCAAGAUCUUCGGCUCCAGGGUGCGUGUGGACUCGACGGCGAAGGUGGCUGAGAUCGAGCUGGCAGAGAAAGAGAAGAUGAAGGAGAAAGUGGAGAGAAUCAUGAAGCACGGCAUCAACUGCUUCAUCAACAGGCAGCUGAUCUAUAACUACCCAGAGCAGCUGUUUGCUCAGGCCGGGGUCAUGGCCAUCGAGCACGCCGACUUCGCCGGGGUGGAGCGCCUCGCCCUGGUCACAGGUGGGGAGAUCACGUCGACCUUCGACCACCCUGAGCUGGUGAAGCUCGGUCACUGCAAACUGAUCGAGGAGGUGAUGAUCGGAGAGGACACACUGAUCCACUUCUCUGGAGUCGCCAUGGGUGAGGCGUGCACGGUGGUCCUGCGCGGGGCGACGCAGCAGAUCCUGGACGAGGCGGAGCGCUCGCUGCACGACGCGCUGUGUGUGCUCGCCCAGACCGUCAAGGAGCCCCGCACCGUCUACGGAGGAGGCUGCUCGGAGAUGCUGAUGGCGAAGGCGGUGAGCGAUCUGGCCAAUAGGACUCCAGGAAAGGAGGCGGUCGCCAUGGAGUCGUUUGCCAAGGCUCUGAGGAUGCUGCCGACCAUCAUCGCUGAUAACGCCGGAUACGACAGCGCCGACCUGGUGGCUCAGCUGAGAGCAGCUCACCAGGACAACAAGAGCAGCUUCGGGCUGGACAUGUCCCGGGGUGCGGUGGGGGACAUGGCGUCUCUGGGCGUCACUGAGUCGUUCCAGGUGAAGCGUCAGGUGCUGCUCAGCGCCUCCGAGGCAGCAGAGAUGAUCCUGAGGGUCGACAACAUCAUCAAGGCAGCGCCCAGGAAGCGAGUUCCUGACCACCACCCCUGCUAGAGGAGGAGGAGGAGGAGGAGGAGGAGGAGGAGGGCGAUGAAGAGCGAGUUUGUGUUCCGUCGUGUUUAAAUAAAGAAACCUGGUGACAUCACUGUUAGCACUGCACCAGCUAGCCAGCUAACGCUAGCUAACGCCCACUAGCCGAGUUAAAGCAGAAGCUGCUCGUGCUAACAGCUGCUAGCUGUGAAGCUAACGUCACUGCUAACAGCUGCUAGCUGUGAAGCUAAUGUCACUGCUAACAGCUGCUAGCUGUGAAGCUAAUGUCACUGCUAACAGCUGCUAGCUGUGAAGCUAAUGUCACUGCUAGCUACUCGUAACAGGCUAGCGUGCAGCACGUGCUAGCGGCCGGUUAUGCUAACGUUAGCCGGGUUAGUUUGCAUGUUUUGUUUACUGAAAUAAAUGGAGCGAUCCUCA